UGUUCCUCCUCGCAUUAGCAGUCCAUUCUCCAAAAUUAAGGCUUGUUUGGAAUUUGGUGUGCAUCCGGUGGGACACCAUAUUGCUACUGAGUUUUCAAUAGUUACAAGACUCUCAUCUCCUUCAUGAUGCUCUUCAUUUCAAUUUUCUUUAUCAUUGAGUUGUCUGCCACUUCUGUUCUUUGUUCUCAUUUCUUUUCCGUUAUUUCCUUUGUUGAUUUUAGAUUUGGCAAGGUUGUCUGGUUGGCUGAUAGCUACCAUCAACCGAUGAAAACUUGUCUUGCUAUUGUUUUUUUUUAAUUCUUUAUUUGAAAGGCACAUUUACAUAGGGUAUGAGAGACACCACAAAAAGAGAUCUUUGUCUGUUGGUUCACUCCCCAGAUGGUUGCCAUUGCUGGAACUGGGCUGGUCGUAAGCCAGAGCCUGGAGCUCCUCUGAGUCUCUUACGUGGUUGUACAGGGUUCCAAGAUUUAGGGCCAUCCUCCUCCGCUUUCCCAGGCCAUGAGCAGGAAGCUGGAUGGGAAGUUGAACAGCUGGGACACAAACCAGUGCCCAUGUGGAAUGCCAACCCUUGUGGAAAAAGGAUUAGACUAUUGAGCCACUGUGCCGCCCUGUGAACUUGUCAUUUUUGAUAGAUAAAUCUGUCAUUUUUUCAUUUUUUCCAACUAUUAGUUUCAUAGCUUUUGUUACUUUUGUGUACAGUAAGUUCUGAAUAAUAAGGGGUGCCAUCUACCCAGAUUGUGGGUUAUUGGCUCAGAGUGGCCCCUCUGUGAAUAUGUAUCCAAAUUAUAAAAUUUGGGACAAUACCAUCUCAUUUUGUACUGCGUGGGUCUGAAGUCCAGUGUCUGGAGGCAGCAGAUGGGUCAAGUAGGUGAGUUUCUUCUGGCUGUGUGGGAAACCUGGGUGGAGUUGGGCCUCGUACCUGUAGCCUGUCCUGUUCUGAUUGUUGCAGGCAUUUGGAAGGUAGACUAGUGGGUGUAAUAUUCUCCUCCUUCCUAACUAUGACUUGCUAAUGUUUUAUUUGAAUCCCCAAACAGAUGCUCUUUGAUCUCCCCCUCCCCCUGACCCACCAUGUGAUGGCAUUGAUCCCAAUCAGCUGCUGAAGAAUCUGCUUGUAUAAUAGGGGUAAAACAGCCCUCUGAGGCCUCAUUAUAUCACGUAGCUACUUUGCUAAUUUUAUUUUUACAGCUUUCAUCACCAUUCUGUUAGCUUUUACAGGUGCUCCAUGCUUUUUCUCUUACUAUCAAGUCUUCUCCAGUCUCAUUCUUUAUACUCUUGUUAUAUAAAUUUUCAUUGAUAGGUAGACUAGAUGUAAAAUUUUAAAAAGUGUUAUAUGCAGCAAGUAUAAACUUGUUUCAGAAAUUUCUAAUACAUUGAGCAUUGCAUUAAAAGAAAUGUGUUUCUUGUGGAUUAUGGUGGGUGUGGUAAUAGUAUGUAAUCUAAGCAUUAGAGGUUCUAGGUCACAUGACCCAGAGGACUGACAGGGAUGUCCUGUUUCAGCUGUGAAGUAUUAUUAGCAUCUUUUAGAAGAAGGAGAAACUUGUAUUACUGAGAGUGACUUUCUAAGUUCUGCUAGAAAGAAAUAACUGUUACAUUUCGAAAAUAGACUGGGAUAUUUAUCUUUCUGAUGCGAUGUUUAGUAUUUCCUUCCUUUAACAUGUCAUUAAAAUUUUUAUAAAGCAUCUAUUAUAUUAAGAUAUGGUGGUGAUUCCUUUUGUAAAAUGAACUCCAUACUUGACCUUCUUACAUAUACAGUGAAUUAAACUGGGUGAAUGAACUAACAAGGGAACAUAGAAUAAACAAGUAAUGUAAAAAUUGAUCAUUGAAAAGGUUAAUUACAAGAGAUUUUAGACUGAAUUUUAAAGGUACACAAAGGUAGUUAGAGGUGGUUAGGGUUGGUUGGAAAGUGUAAGGGCUGAUUAGUGCUGAGGUCAGUUUCCAAGUGUGAUAGCCAUGUAGCAGUAGUCAGCUUCCUUGAUCUUGGCUCUACAGGAGCAUAUGGGGUUUGUGUACUGCAGAAGGUUUCUUCCUGCCCUGGACUGGACUAGAAUUGGUCAUGGAUCUUUACAUGUUUUCUGCAUGUGAACAUGGCAGCUUGUACUGGAAGAAAUAGUAAAUGGAAAGGUCAUAUCUCUACAUAUGAGGGUUCAAGAGGUCAGGGAAGCAAACUUCAGUUUUUUCGAUUCUACAGCUUUCUAACUCUAGCUUUUUUUUUCCCCUCAUGUAAGGGAGUAUGGAUCCUGUUUUAGAAGUUAGGGACCUGUGUUCUAGCCCUUGGUGCUAUGUGGCCCCUAAAAGUGGUGUGUGUGUGUGUGUGUGUGUGUGUGUGUGUGUGUGUGUGUGUGUGUGUGUGUGUGUGCGCUUUCACUCCCUGAUCCCAUUUAUAAACAUGAGGAUGUGCCCAUUGCUUUGUAUGCUGUUGUGUUUUCCCUCUGCUUUCCCUAAGCUAAGCUCUAUGCUAGUUCUGUACAAAAGAAAUACUGGUUGCUUUUAUGAAUUGCUUGCCAUUAAUACCUAAUAUGCAGUAAAAUACAAUUCUGCAUAUCAUGAAAUAUGUCAAAUAUUACAAACGUUAAGAUUCUUUUGAAAUUACAAUACUAAACUCAGUUCACUUUUGCUUAGCCUUCACAGUUGUUGAUCACAUAACAUGGUCAUCCACUCACAGCUUAUAAAAAUACAGGGAGCAUCGGAGAGAAUGGGAGAUACUACUCGUCAACGAAUAAAAUUCAGUGAUGACAGAGUAUGCAAGAGCCACCUUCUCAACUGUUGUCCACAUGAUGUCCUUUCUGGAACUAGAAUGGAUCUUGGCGAAUGUCUCAAAGUCCAUGACCUGGCUUUAAGAGCAGAUUAUGAAAUUGCAUCCAAAGAACAAGAUUUUUUCUUUGAGCUUGAUGCCAUGGAUCAUCUGCAGUCCUUCAUUGCAGAUUGUGACCGAAGAACUGAAGUGGCUAAGAAAAGAUUAGCAGAAACUCAAGAAGAGAUUAGUGCUGAAGUCGCUGCUAAGGCAGAACGUGUUCAUGAAUUAAAUGAAGAAAUUGGUAAAUUGUUAGCCAAGGUGGAACAACUUGGAGCUGAAGGAAAUGUGGAAGAAUCCCAGAAAGUAAUGGAUGAAGUAGAGAAAGCCCGGGCAAAGAAAAGAGAAGCAGAGGAGGUUUAUCGGAAUUCUAUGCCGGCUUCCAGUUUCCAGCAGCAGAAACUAAGAGUCUGUGAAGUCUGCUCUGCCUACUUAGGGCUUCAUGACAAUGACAGACGACUGGCUGACCACUUUGGGGGAAAACUGCACCUGGGAUUUAUUGAAAUAAGAGAGAAGCUUGAAGAAUUAAAGAGAGUUGUGGCUGAGAAGCAGGAGAAAAGAAACCAGGAACGCCUAAAACGAAGAGAAGAACGAGAACGAGAAGAAAGGGAGAAGCUGAGAAGGUCCCGAUCACAUAGCAAGAAUCCUAAAAGAUCCAGGUCCAGAGAGCAUCGCAGGCAUCGCUCUCGCUCCAUGUCACGAGAACGGAAGAGGAGGACUCGAUCCAAGUCUCGGGAGAAACGCCACCGCCACAGGUCCCGCUCCAGCAGCCGCAGCCGCAGCCGCAGCCACCAGAGAAGUCGGCACAGUUCUAGAGAUAGGAGCAGAGAACGAUCCAAGAGGAGAUCCUCAAAGGAAAGAUUCAGAGAUCAAGACUUAGCAUCACGUGACAGAGAUCGAAAAGAUAAGAAGAGGUCCUAUGAGAGUGCUAAUGGCAGAUCAGAAGACAGGAGAAGCUCUGAAGAGCGUGAAGCAGGGGAGAUCUAAUUAGCUGUGCACAUACCUUCCCUCCUCAGGCUUCCUCUGGAGUUCCUGUUGUGUAGCUGGCAGCUGUUCAGGGCGCCGCAGGGAGCAGUUCCAGAGAGCGAUUCAGUUAGGUUAGAUGUACAGGAGCUAACAUGACCUCAACUCCACCUGUCCCCCCUUUGUGAAGCCUAAAACUGCAUCCAUAGUUUCUGGUGAACCUGUAAUACAAUUCUAAAAGUACAAUUUUUUAUAAGACAUUGAUCUCUUUAUUCUUUGAAGUAGGAGUGCUAGUGAAUGAAUUGUUGAUUUGCCUUGGGACUUUUUGAACAUUUGUAAUAUGCUGUCUUCCUUUCUAGUCCAAACAGCAGCAGCUUUGAGAAUUACUCUUAAUUAUUCUUCCUCUGACUUUUGUAUUCCCCUAAUACCUCCACCCUCCAACUAUAGACAAAAGGAGGUAGGAAGCAAUGUAACUUCUGCUCUAAGAGUCUCUUCCCACUAUUAAUUACUGGCUGAUUACAGUUCAGAGCGUUUAUACUGGAAUGUGUGCUGGAGAAAUUGCAAUUACUGGGUUGGUUUGUUUAAUGAUACCUGCUUAGAGUUGGAAUUUGAGCAGCUGUUGCAUUACAUAGUUUCGUUUUUAUUGAAAAUUUGAAAUCAAACUUGAUUUUUCUGUUCUAAUGAAUUACUAUGUUCAGGAUGUUCUAAGGGGGUGGGGGAAGGGACUGUUUAAUAAGCACUUCUUGUUUUGUUUGUGUGAAGUAUAAAGGCUAUACCCUUAUUGUAAAAAAAAAAAAAAACCAAUAAAAUGAAACAAUCACCACCACCAUCACUACCACUGAACUGUAACUUGUCUAGUAAAUUGUCAGUAGAAAUAUUGCUGUGGGCAUUUCCACUAUUUCUGUUACAGCAUUAACAGUGCCUUAUUGUGCAAGGCACCAAAGGAAAUAAAUAUAUACUUGGGAAGAUUCCAGAUGACUUGUUGAUCCCCCUGGGCUCACUCUUAUUCUGCUCUGGCUAUUUCAGGCUGUUCAUGACAGCAUCUGUAGGGGGCUGCAUCUGCAGAAGAAAUUGGGGUAUUUUUGUUGCUGUUUUCAUUCAACAAGCCUAAAUAAAAAAUGGUGUAUAUAAUUAA